AUGCAGUUGACCACCUCUGAGAAACAAACUACACAAGGUUUAGAAAGAAUUCCGGGAAUGGCCGGAGGUGUGGCGGAGGAGAAUUGGAGUCAUCGGCGAAAUUACAUGACGUCGUCGUCGUCUUCUUUCAGAAAUUCCCGACGGUGUACAUGUUUGAGCCAACCGGGUUCGGCACCCUGUAGCAGGCAUGGUUACAUGUUGCCGAGGCAGAACAUGAGGAGAAACGGUGGUAACAAGGAGAUAAUAAGGAGGGCAAUAACUCCACCCAACCGGAAGAUGACACUUCGGUGGUGGAACUUCAGGCCAACACCGAGCAGGCUUUCUAACAUGUCCAUGGCUUAA